AUGCAACGAACUCGAUUUCAUUGAGAGAAAAACAGUUGGAGAAACCGGACGUGAGACACAAACAUGACGUCGUUGCAUUUUGGUUGGUUGGUUCUGACCUGGGCAAUUAUCGGACAUCCCGACAACAUCCAGGGACAGUCUGCUGUUAUCACAGGCCCAGUUAUAGGAAUCUUGACACAAGAAGUGGAUAUCGAUUUGAUUUCCGUUCCACCAGGAGCCAUCAGCUUUCACUUGAUUUCCUACGUCAAAUGGCUGAAGACCCAAAACGCCACAAUUGUGCCCAUAAGAAUAAAUCAAACCGAUUCUUAUUACACGACCAUCUUCAACUCCAUCAACGGAUUGAUCAUUCCCGGAGGAUCGGCCAGCAUUCGAUCAUCGGGCUACAGCAAAGCUGGUUCCAUCAUGUACAAUCUGGCCAUCACUGCCAACAACAACGGAGAUUUCUUCCCCAUCUGGGGCACCUGUUUAGGCUUUCAAUUGCUUCUGUAUUUAUCGGCCAGCAAAAAGAGUUACCUGGCCUCAUUUCCGGCUCAGAAAAACGCUCUGCCAUUGAACUUUAGCCCAGGUGCCAGUACCAGUCGGUUGUAUCAACACGCACCGCUGGAUGUGAUGGAUUUGCUGGCCAACUACCAAUCGACGCCCAAUUACCACAACUAUGGCAUAUCACCGCAGAACUUGACACUUUCGGGGUUGGACAAGUUUUACACCAAUUUGGCCACUUCCAUCGAUGACAACGGCGCAACAUUCGUGUCCUCGAUAGAGGCCAAAAGCUAUCCCAUAUGAGGAUCGCAAUUCCAUCCGGAAGCAUCCUCAAGCUGGCCGGCUGCCGUCAAACCUGGAUUGUACUUUGCCGAGUUUUUCGUCAAUCAAAGUCGGAAGAAUCAACAUCGGUUUGCACUUGACGCUAGUUACGUACUAACCAACAUGACGUCGGCAGUCUACCAAGGACCUGGAAAAUCGUCCGCCUUCUUCUUCAAUUAAAAAUUUGUUACAAGGAUCAGACUGGCGAAUUGUAAAGAAAAAAACUGUUUUAGAAUGCA